CUGCCCCUCAUAAGCCACGCCUCUAGACCGUGGUCGGGGGUCGUCGGGCGCGCUCCCCAACUGCCGGAGUGGGCGCGGCCCUAGACUGCAGAGUUCCUGGGCAUGUGCAGAGCUACUCGCCGUCCGCGUAGUCCUGGGGCCGGCUGCGCGGCUUCCCACGGCCCGGGGCCAGAAGCAGGCCGCAGACGCGAGCGAGUCUCUGAAGGCGUGCCAAGGGCCGUGUCCCCUCCCCGUCCAAAAGGCGCCCCGCUGCGAGGAUGGCGGCGGCGGCGGCGGAGGUGGGCGCGGUGCUGAGCGGUGGGGGCUGGCCAGUGGUGGCCCCGCCGCCGAGUUGCAGUCUGGAGGAGCCCCCCGAGCCGGCGCGCCUGCGGAGGAACACCUGCUACGUCGUGUUGGCCGUGCUGCUUAACGAGGAGAGAGAAGUGCUCAUGAUGCAGGAAGCCAAGAGCGAAUGCCGCGGGAGAUGGUACCUGCCCGCGGGGCGCAUGGAGCCCAAGGAGACCAUCGUGGAGGCCGUGCAGCGGGAGGUGGCGGAGGAGACGGGCCUGCAGUGCCAGCCCCUCACCCUGCUGGCGGUGGAGGAGAGAGGCCCUGCCUGGAUCCGCUUCGUCUUCCUCGCACGACCCACAGGUGGCACCCUGAAGACCCUGCAGGACGCCGAUGCGGAAUCCCUGCAGGCCCAGUGGUGGAACAGGGAGACGCCCCACCUCCCGCUGCGGGCCUGGGACAUCAUCCCCUUAAUGGACCUGGCUCUGCAGUAUCAAGCCAGCCCGGCCCACCCCGCUACGCUACCCGCGGAGCUGCCUUGUGCUUUGAUCUGCCAGCGACUGCUGCUUGCGUAUGUUGGCAGCAGCGAUGCCUUGUGGGUGCUUCUGGGAACAGCAGGGGCUCCGCACCUCCCCCUGGCUGUGAGCAGCAUGGCUCCCUCAGGGCUGGGCAACAGACUGCUGGGGGCUGUGCGGCCGCUGCUGCAGGAAUGCCUGCCGCACCCCGGCACAGCUGCCCACAUCCAGGGCCUGCUUGGGGUGCAGCACCUGGGCAAGGAGCCUGGGGUGAGCGAUGGGAUCUGCUUCAACAUAAUGGCAACCAUCAGAGGCACCGGGCAGGGGCCCACAGGAACACCCCCCGAGUUACAGAGCAAAGCCUUCCUCUGGUGGAAGGUUGAGGACGGAGCCCUGAGGAGCCAGAUCCUCCAGCGGCUCAACGCAUCAGCUUUCAUCCCCAUGCGCAGCUAGGCCCCUUUUCGCUCCACCAGCCUGUUGAGAUACGGGUGACGCUGCUUGCCUGCUGUGUGGUUUGGGAACCUUGGACAGCAAGGGUACUUCAAAGAGACGCUGCAGGAAUCAGGAGGGGAACCUUCAGCUGUGCCAAAACGCAACCAGGCCAAGGACUCUGAUGCUGGAGGGAAGCCAGAGCCAGUGGUGGUAGCCUAGAGGGCCACUGAGGGCACCUAGCAUUUGUGCUUUUGCUUGAAAUGACUCACUUGCCGAGCUUGAUGGUGCUCACAGGCACAGUUCAGCUCUGUCAAGAGGAAAGCCUGCAACACCUUGAGCCCCACCCAGAGGCCCUUCCCGGCCUCUCCUGACCCUGCGCGCUGCAGUUACAGCCUUACAGAAUCCAGCCAGGCUUGCCAGUUGCUAAUAAAAAAGGGCCAUUUUCCACCGUUCUACUGCUCAUUUCUGCACGUCUGAUUAGUCCAGCUUCUUGUCCCCCCGGAUAAGGCCUUCACAAAAGGGAACUCUGCUUCUUCCCAGGCCCUGAACAGUAGCCCAAGCAAGUCCAGCAUGUUCACUAGUUUGUUAUUUAUUUCAGGCCCAAGUAAGAAACAAGUCCCCUUAAAAGCAAAGAAUCAAACGUGUAGAUACCAAAAGUUGUCCAGACUUGCCGAGGGCCACUUCCUCUCUUCCCCUGCAUUGCAUUUAAAGCACCUUUGGACAAAAAUCCCACAAAGAGGAUGCUGUGCCUGGGGGUGGUGCGUGUGGGGAGGCAGGCAGGCGCAGCUGGCUUCUCUGAGGGUGGCUCCUUGGUCAAAAGGUGGCAUUUAAGGGGUUAGUAUGCAGCUGAGAGGAGGAAGGCAGACUCUUUGUGGGAGCAUAAAGUCAAAACAGACAGAAAAGGUUCUUUGGGAAUAUGCUGCACCUUGGCGGAUCCACUAGGCAAGAGGAGCCGAAGAGAGCUUCAGCCACAGUCAAGAGCGAGUGUGGCUGGUGGGCUUAUGGCUCGUUCCC